AUGGACAUCAGACCCAAUAAGCGUAAGCUAAAAGUAAAAUAUGUCUCUUCUGCUCUUGUUACCAUAGAGUGGCUACUAGAUUUGGGCAAGUUUGUGAUUGGCCAAACCUUGAAGAUCCAUUCCAUGGAUAAGAUGGACGACUUAAUCGGGAUUCUUUUCCUCAGAGAUCAGGAAGAUGUCUACAACUUAUGCAGUACUAGCUAUGUUACCCUCCAUGGAAGAGCAGAGCUAGCUCUCAUAGUUCGCGUUGGUGCGGAUUCCAAGCACAUAUACUUACCGCCCUGGUCGCCGUGGAGCCCUGGCGCUAUUCGAACGGCCCAUGUGGCAAUUUUAAGGUGGAUGAGCUGA